AUGUGGAUAUUUAGCUACAAGCUGAUUCGGGUCUAUCCCAACAACAACGAGACACUACAGUACCUGAACGCGCUCUACAAACAAUUCACACCAUAUGAUUUGGAUUUCUGGCAGCCUCCAACGAAGGUCGGUGCGGUUGUGGAAUUGACUAUUGGCCCUGGGGACGCGCCCGUCUUCUUGCGGGACUUAGAAGCAAAACAGCUCCACUAUAUCGUCAUGUUGAACGACUUACAACAAGCUAUCGAAAAUGAGAAAUCACCUCCAGUGUUUCUUCAUUCGGAAUCCGAUGGUUAUUCAUACGACAAGUACCAUUCACUGGACGAAAUCUAUGGGGAGAUGCUGAGAUUGAGGAAGAAAAACCCGAACAUUAUCUCACUAAUCGACAUUGGUGAAUCGCAUGAGAAUCGAUCACUCCUUGUCAUCAAAGUGGGAAAUAUCCUGGUUCAUGGAUACGACAACGACAUAUCAAUACGGAGAAUUCUCGACCACAUCGACUUCUACGUCCUUCCGGUUAUGAACCCUGAUGGAUACGAGUACUCACGUCUUAAGAAUCGGAUGUGGCGAAAGAAUCGUCGUCCUUCCAAUUGCAAACACGAACGUUUCCACACUGGCUGCUGCGCAGGUGUCGAUCUGAACAGAAAUUUCGACUGGUUCUGGUCAUCUGCCGGCUCGUCAACAGAUCCCUGUCACGACACGUACCCUGGCCUGAAAGCAUUUUCCGAACCGGAAACAGUAGCAGUUCGAGACUAUCUCCAAGCGAACAAACCCGAGGCGUUUAUCACACUACAUUCCUAUUCACAAAUGUGGCUCAUUCCUUACGGUCAUCGAAAACGGAGCUAUCCACAAGAUUAUCACAAGGCUUUGCGACCACUUGCGGAAAAAGCGGCCAAAGCACUGUUGAAAAUAUAUGGCACCAAAUACCAAGUUGGAACUGGAGCGGAUUUGCUGUACGAAGCAUCUGGCGGUUCUCAUGACUGGGCAAAGGGUUCACUGCAAGUCCGCUAUGCCUAUCUCAUUGAACUGAGACCGAAGAGCGGCACUACUGGUUAUGGUUUUCUUCUUCCCGAGCGGGAAAUAUCGGCCACUGGCCUUGAAACGUUCGAAGCAAUCAAGGUAGUUGCCGAAGAAAUGGUGGCGCAAUUCGUUGAGCCGAGUACUAAGCGGCGAGUCAACCUUAGUUAG